AACUCUAGGCUCCACACCACUUCGAAGGCCUUAUCACAGAACUCAUGGAGUCUCCCUGUGAGACAUUCUCUCACAUGCAUAGUCAGCAAACUGGAUUUUCUCAAAGUCACUGUCACUCACUCCGCCUUUGACGUCAGGACAUUUCAUAAAAUGACGACAGGCACCCAGCUCCUGAACUACCCGGCCACAGAGUCUCCAUUCACCAGUCCUCCAGCCCCUAUGGCAGCUCUAAGCCGGACUCCUGUGCCAGGGCACCCACACAUUUGGCCCCCUCUGGACUUUGCGCUGGGUGCCCUGGCCUGCUGUGGUGCCUGUCUGUUCACCAACCCCAUGGAGGUGGUGAAGACGCGUCUGCAGCUGCAGGGCGAGCUGAGAGCCCACGGCUCUUACCAGAGGCACUACCGCGGCGUCCUGCAGGCCCUGUGGCUGGUGGGCCGCAACGAUGGCCUCCGCGGUCUCCAGAAAGGCCUGUGCGUGGGUCUGCUCUACCAGGGGUCAAUGAACAGCGUACGACUGGGCUUCUACUCUUACACCGAGGCGGCUGGGCUCACCCAAGCCCCAGUUGGGAACAUCCUGGCUGGGGCCGUUGCUGGAGCCUUGGGGGCCUUCGUCGCAUCACCAGCCUACCUGGUUAAGACCCAUCUUCAAGCCCAAACGGUGCAGACUAUUGCUGUGGGUCACCAACAUAACCACCAGGGGGUGUCAAGUGCCUUUGCUACCAUCUAUCGGCGUGAGGGUCUGGUGGGCUUGUGGAGGGGAGUGAAUGGAGCUGUGCCCAGGGUCAUGGUGGGGUCAGCUGCCCAGCUCACAACCUUCAGCUCUGCCAAGGAGUGGGUCUCUCACACAGAGUGGUUCCAUCCACAUAGCUGUCUUGUGGCCUUAACAGCUGCUAUGUUAAGCGGUGUUGUGGUGACUAUCACCAUGACACCGUUUGAUGUGGUCAGCACAAGACUUUACAACCAACCUGUGGAUGAAUUUCGAAGGGGCCUGCUGUAUCGGGGCUUCUCGGACUGCAUGCUGAAGGUGAGCCAAGCUGAAGGGCUCCUGGGUCUGUACAAGGGCAUCUGGCCCGUGUUCCUGCGCCUGGCCCCACACACGGUGCUCAGCAUGCUGCUCUGGGACCUGAUGAGACAGAGGGCGCUCCAGUACCAGCUAGAGUCACGAUCAGCCGGAUGAAGAGUCACGCCAGGGGAGAAGGAGCAACUCUUGGUGUUUCUUGGGGUGCAGAGGUUAUGGCAGCAAGAGCAGAGCUGUG